AUGCAAAACCAUUCCUUUACAAAUGAGACUCAACAGACUCUCCUACAGGAACCCAUCCAUUCGAGAUCAGCGAUAGAUCUCGUAGGAUUAAAACGGAUGGGAGUCAAGAAGACUGAAAAGCAAGGAUCCGCCCUCCAUUCGAGAUCAGUGAUGGAUCUCGUGGAACUGAAACGCGUCAAGAAGAAGAGACAAAGCAGGAGCACGACACCAAAGAAACGCAGCAGUAAACCACGACAACUGACUCCUCCUCGAUGUAGCGAUACUGAUGACUCGAGCCAAGUUUCAAAGAAGAGUAAUUCGC